UUACUACCAGCUAACUUGCGCCUUGUUUAUUUUGUCCACAAACUUUGCCGCGAUCGCUUGUUCUCGUACGCGAAAGAAAAUACAUUUUGUACUUUGUAUUAAAAAAAAAAAAGAAAACCAAAAUGCCCAACUGCCCUAAAUGUGAAAAACCGGUGUAUUUUGCCGAAAGGAAAACGUCUUUGGGCAAGGACUGGCACGCAGCCUGCCUGAGAUGUGAAAAAUGUAACAAAACUUUGACCCCCGGCUCUCAUGCUGAACACGAGGGCAAGCCCUACUGUAACCACCCUUGUUAUAACGCACUUUUCGGACCAACAGGUUUUGGUCGCGGAGGAGCUGAAAGUUACGUCUACAAGAAGUAGGAUGUGUUUCCAUACGUAACAGUUCAGUAUUGCUUUUUUACUACCUAUUCAUUUCUUUCAGCAUUCCAGUUUGUAGUUUUGUUUUGUUUCUUGUAAUUUUAAUAUAAUAAAGAAAGAGAAUAAACGUUAAGUUAUUA